AUGUCUAUUAGGAGGACUAGUCGCCAGGACGGUCGAUUCAUCACGGCAGAAACAAUAGCCUUCUGGGACAUCAAUGCCUGCCCGAUGCCUGAUGGCCUCGAUGCAAGAGAUCUAAGUGAGAGCGUUCACCAUACCCUUUUGAACAUGGAUUACUAUAGUAAAGUGUGUUUGAGGCUAUACGGCGACAUUGAUAUGGACAAAAUCGGUUAUACUGAUAAUACACUUCGGUUCUGUGGCAUGCCUCGCACGACAAUAUUGGAGCAGAUAUUAGUGGACUUAUACGGUGGCUCUGUGUCUAAUCGUGGUACACCAUUAAAUAUGGUGCUAAUUGUUGGAGAUAUAUCAAAAGACAUACGAGCCGUCAUCAAUGCUUUCAGUCUUUUGCCAAAGAGGGGUUGGGUCAAUAUUCUUGUAUGUCAGUCAUCAGCUGUUGAGGCAGCAGUAUUCUCCUCUGAAGUUCAGCUUCCACCUUGGGAAAAAAUUGUAGAAACUGCUUUUGCGAUUCGUGAAAAGAAGAAGAAAGAGAGAGAAGAUUCCAGAAAGAGAGCAGAAGAAAACCGAGCCUCAUAUCUAAAUGGAACAGCCAAAGUUAGCCGUAUCUUUGGUGAAUUCUGA